CCGUCAAGCGCGUGUGUUUUGAUUGGUUCUUCACCACGGCCGGUCGAUCGUCCGCGCGUCAGUUCGCCGGUAUCCAUCUGUUGGGAGGCGCACUCUUACGCAAAAGGUUAUGCUGCCGUUGUCCAACACAGCCCGUCGACCAGUUGUGAUAUCCCUAGGAAAUCAACUGUUAUCUGGAAACAGGAAACACAUAUCUACAACGGGAACCAAUAAUUGUGAGCAGUCAAUGGUCGCCGAAGACAUGGAGGAUACGCCUCAAGUAGAUCACCCACCACUGCGGUACCGGGUGGAAGCAAAGUGCUCCACGACCAAAGCCCGCGUCGGAGUGAUGAGCCUGAGGCACAGUGAUGUCGACACGCCGGUGUUUAUGCCCGUUGGAACGCAGGGUACCCUGAAAGGGCUGCUUCCGGAUCAGAUCCUGAACUUGGGCUGUCAGAUAAUGCUGGGAAACACUUACCAUCUGGGUAUGCGACCCGGGACGGAGGUGUUGAAGAAAGUCGGUGGACUGCACCAGUUCAUGGGAUGGCCAAAGGCGCUGUUGACGGAUUCCGGUGGCUUCCAGAUGGUUUCGCUGCUUCAGCUGGCGGAGAUAACCGAAGAGGGUGUGAAAUUUGAAUCUCCAUACGAUAAGAGCCAGUGCAUGCUGACGCCGGAGCGCUCGAUGGAGAUCCAGAACGCCAUCGGGGCGGACAUUAUGAUGCAGUUGGACGAUGUGGUGAAGACCACGACUACCGGGCCGAGGGUAGAGGAAGCGAUGCACCGGACGAUUCGCUGGUUGGACCGGAGCAUUUCCGCCCACGCCCGGGAUGACGAGCAAAGUAUAUUUCCGAUUGUCCAGGGUGGGCUGCAGCCGGAGCUGCGGAAGGUCUGUGCGGCAGAAUUGAACAAGAGGAAUACCCGAGGAUACGCGGUUGGCGGGCUGAGCGGAGGCGAAAGCAAAGACGAGUUCUGGAGGACGGUGCAUUUGUGCACGGAUCUGCUUCCGGAGAACAAGCCCCGGUACCUGAUGGGGGUUGGAUUCGCCGCGGAUUUGGUGGUUUGCGUGGCGCUGGGAAUCGAUAUGUUCGAUUGUGUGUAUCCUACUAGGACGGCCAGAUUCGGCUGUGCGUUGACGCGGCGAGGACAGAUGAAUUUGAAACAGCAAAGUUUUAAAACCGACAUGAGACCAAUAGAGGAAGGCUGUGAAUGUUCAACCUGCAAGACGUACACCCGGUCGUAUCUGCAUCAUGUUGUUACGGUGGAACCGGUGGCCUGCAGUAUCAUUAGUAUUCACAAUGUGGCAUUCCAGCUUAAACUGAUGAACGAAAUGCGAGAGAAUAUCAAAGCUGACACUUUCCCACAAUUCGUCCAAUCGUAUAUGAAAGAACGCUUCCCGGAUGGUCAGGUUCCACAGUGGAUUGUGGACGCACUAGCAGCCGUCAAUGUGCAGCUCUGAUGCGCAGCAGGGAUCAGCGAUAGUGCAUAAAGGACAUUCGGAUUCGAUCCAGUAUAGGUACUCGUGCUAGUCACGAAAUGCAAAGAAAAAAUGUAAUCACAUUUUUAUAAUUUAUAUUGUUUUUCAUCGAAAUUCA